UUUCCUCCUUAGAAAACCAAAUUAAUUAUCAUGCCCAUAACCUAAAAGGACCCUUUACCCAUAGUUUUACAUUUCUCAUGCACUAUCUCUAGUGUAAGAAAUCCUUUUGCUAUCUACAAUUAAUCCUCUCUUCAAAAUCUAACUAAAAAAACCACAAUUCAAGGCCACAAUUCCAUCUCCAAUCAAAACCAACCCUACACCAUGCCAGCAAAAAUUCAUCAAACUAAACCAUCAAAGAUCUUCACUUUGAUCCUUGUUCUUAUUUGUGUCACUACUCCCAUCAACGGUGAGGAAUCAAGGAAGCUUGAUGAGACCACAAAUGGUAACGAGAAGUGCUCACCAUGUGAAGGUGGUUCCACCCCAUCACCACCGAUAAUAGAGUAUUUAUCACCACCACCACCAAUAAUCUAUCCCUCACCGCCGCCGCCAUCGCCGCCGCCACCAUACUUGUAUUCAUCACCCCCACCACCGUCACCCAAGAAACCACCAUCAUCAUAUUGCCCUCCACCACCGUCAUCAGCAUACUUGUACAUGACGGGUCCACCAGGGGACUUGUACCCAGUGGAUGAGAAUUUCAGCGGAGCUAGUCCAAACCGCCACCAAAAUUUGGCUGUGUACUUGCCACUUUCGGUUGUUGUCGUGUUGAGCAUGAUGAUCUUUUGGUGAUUUGCUUGUCAAGAAAUUAAUUCAGACCAUUCACAUGUGUACGAGAUUAUUCAUGGAAAGGUAAUAAGGAGGAGAGUUUUGUACUCAAAUAAUUUCAUUGUUGCAAAUUAAUGUUCCCCAGUUCUUCCUUUAAUUUGUGAUCCCAAUUUGUACAAUAUAAUAGCAAUAAUCACUAUGAAAUUAGUUUCUGAGGUUUUCUGCUA